UGUAAAAAUCGUAUUCAUAUAAAAAUUAAUUGAAGACAAAUACAAAAAAAUACUGAGGUGUCAAAAAUAUAUAUUGGCCACAUAUUACAACCUUUGUUUCAUAUAUCAUUUCAUUUCCAUUACUACCUGGUCGGUAUGGCUUUAUCUUUAUCAUAAGGAAGGGGGAUAUUACCUAAAUUAAUGAUGAACAAUUUGCAUUAGAAAUGGCUGUAUGGAAUAGUAUUAUUCAAAGAACUGGGAGUCUGCAAGUUCACUUACAUUUUAGAUUAUGAAUGUCAUGUAUCAAUAAAAUUUUGAAAUUGAAUUGCUUUCUCAAGAUCUAUUUUUAGUAACGUAUCAUACUAGUGAAAUACUCUGGAAUAAGUUUUCGGCAUCAUGUAUUAUUUAAAAGAUACGAAUCAGCCAAACUAAAAAUUACUCCGAUUCCUCACCGUUUUUGUCAAGGUUUUACCUCUGUAAGUAGUAGCCCGUUCCCUAUACCUUACAUUUGACACAACACACAUCAUAUGGCACAAUGAGGUGCAGCCUUCAACAGCAGGGCCUGCUUAGGGAUAAAUCGUCUGUAAUAGGAUGCAAGACCAUGGAAACGUGCAUGGUGUCCAAUGAACACCACACUCUCUCGUAACAACUGACGCCUUGAUAGCUUUAACUUCAAACCUGACUCAAGACGAUUUGUUGCAGCACAUGGAGAUGAGAGGCAAACUUGUGAAAUAGGCAGUCCUAUCGUCCAAACACACCAGACUGUCUUUCUAUCAAUGCCGCUAACACCAAGGACAUAAAACGCUGGAAUGUGACAGAAGCAUUGACUAAAUGACAUCACUAAGAACUAAUAUAAUCAUCCACAGGCAGUGAGUGCAUUCUGAUCCGAUGGAGCAUUCCAUUUCUUAUGGCUUUCUCUCUCUCUCCUUCCUGAGAAUUAUCUUUUCAAAAUCCCGUAUGCUGUUUUGGGUCGAUAUAAAAUAGAGAUCCGAUAAAUUAUAUGUCAUUGAUUAUCUUAUUACCAUAUCUGUUUUCCCUUUCAAGGGAAAUUCCAUCCAAUGAGUUUUCAUUUGAAGUAAAAACCCUGGGCAUGAGGAAUUUUUCUUUUAUUUCAAUCACCAGAAGUAAAAAGAAAAACACCCCUUUCUUACUUCGUCGAACAUUUCUUUCGUAUACUCGAAGAAAUGAGAUAAUACGGCAGUUUUGUCUGCUACAAGUAAUUGUGAUAUUUUGUAAGAUUUGUUUUAGUUAUGAUGUAACUUUAUUCCAUGCAUGAUUUGGUUACUUCUUAUUAUUAAUGUCAGAACUUCUGCUGCCAUGAUAAAUAAUAGUGCCGAUGCAGGGCAUCUGUGUUUUAUUCCACGUGAUAUUUUUAAAGGAUUUGAGAUCCACCCGUUAUUACGUACUACAAAUGAUAUUUUGUUAUAUUUUUAUCCACUUUUGAAAUGAUUAAUUGAUAUUUUGAAUUUAUUUAAUUCUAUAUAUAAAUAAAAUCCUUUUGUAUGUACUGCAGUCCCGUUAGAUAUGUUAUUUUCCUCCAUUUACUGUAUUUAAUCCUUACUAUAAUUAUCCUUAUCGUGCCCCUCAACUGUCCGGAACACACAGGAAGUAAUCGCCGUCGUAUGCUAUGUACGGACAUGCCAACAAUAGCACCCUGUACAAUAUGUGCAAACUCGGCCAAGGUGUUUUGGAAAAGGAAGAACCUCCAUUACAUACGGCAAAAGAAACAUCGACAAAUAUACAACGACGAGAGAGCUAGACUUGUGUUCCUAGAUCCGGCACGAGUCGGUUGAGGAUAUAGUUUGGAUUGACCAUUGUAUGAUAAUUGCUAUAUAUCAUACGAAGGCAAGUGUGACCUAUUGACUGGAUAAAACAACGAAAAAACUAACUUGGAUAAUGGUAAACAUCAUUGUGAUUGGUGCCGGAGUGGUGGGUCUCUCUACAGCGGUCAAUAUCCAGCGAGUCCUACCAGGGGUAAAGGUCAAGGUCGUGGCUGACAGGUUAUAUGACGAAACGACAAGCAUUGGAGCUGGAGGACUAUUUCUUCCUUCAGCAACAACAAUUCCCGAAAUACCUACUGACACACUAAAGCGAUGGUGUGAGACGUCUUGGAAUGCCUACUCCCAAAUGGCAACCUCCGACCUAGCGGGUACCACUGGACACAUAAUAUCGCAUGGAUACCUGUUCAAUAAAACUAAGACAAAGACACCUUUGUAUGCCGGCAUUGUGUACUCAUACCGGGAAAUGUUGCCAGAGGAACUAAACCAACUAGGAGUAAACAACAGAUUUAGAUUUGGAUAUGAGAUAACAACUAUAAUUACAAAUAUGAGGAAAUAUCUGUUCUGGUUGAUGAAACAAUUCACAGAACACGGUGGCAAAGUAGAGAAAAGAAACAUAAGAAGUUUAAGUGAGAUGUACGGUCAGUGUGACGUAGUGGUCAACUGUUCCGGUCUGGGCAGUCAGCAGCUUUGUGGAGACAAGCUUUUAUAUCCGCUACGUGGACAGGUCGUCAGGGUGGAGGCUCCCUGGGUAAAGGACUGGGUCUGUACCGACGCCAUGACACAUAUACUUCCGAGCGAUGAUUUUACUCUGCUCGGGGGAACGAGGGAUGAGAAUAACGUUUCCUUGACGCCGGAUCCAUCUAUUGAAAAAGGAAUUUUGGACAGUUGUCUCGAGCUAUGGCCGGCGUUAAAGGGAGCGAGGGUGAUAGGAGACUGGGUAGGUAUAAGGCCCAUGCGAGCUUCUAUCAGACUGGAGAAGGAGAUUGUACGGCUGCCAGACGGAAGGUUGAAGGGAGUGAAGGUGGUAGAAGACUGGGUAGGUCUAAGGCCCAUGAAAAUCCCUAUCAGAUUGGAGAAGGAAUCCGUAAGGCUGCCAGACGGAAUGUUGAAGGUUGUACAUAACUAUGGCCAUGGGUCCUUUGGAGUGGUUCUAAGCUGGGAAGUUACUCAGAAAAUGGCACGCGUUUGUGUAGUAGGAGCAGGCGUGGUCGGCCUAUCUACCGCUAUCAACAUACAGAAACUAAUCCCGGAUGUGAUUGUCCAGAUAAUCGCCGACAAGUUCGAGGUGAACACGACAAGUAUCGGCGCAGGGGGACUUUUCCGACCUAAUGCUUCUCACACCAAGGGGGUUCCUGAGGAUGUCGCCAGGAGAUGGGCGAGAGAUUCAUGGAAGUUCUACUCCGAGAUGGCUACCUCCGAUAUGGCCUGCGAGACUGGACACAGCGUAUCGUCAGGGUACAUCUUCAGCAAGGAGAAGAUUGUGAACCCAAUAUACGAGAGCAUUGUAUUUAACUGUCGGGAGAUGUCUCAGUGUGAACUGACCAGCCUCGGGAUCACACAGUACCAGUACGGCUACCACAUUACUACAGUACUGACGGAGAUGAGGAGAUACAUGCCUUGGCUAAUGAACAAAUUCAAAGCAAACGGUGGAAAAGUUGAGAAACGAAAAAUUGAAAAUCUGUCAGAGCUUUAUGGUCAAUUUGAUGUAGUAGUCAACUGUACUGGUCUUGGAAGCCGAGACCUCCUUGAUGAUCAGGAAAUCUAUCCCGUCCGAGGACACAUUAUACGGGUCAAAGCCCCCUGGAUAAAGCAAUGGGUAUUCACAGAGGACGAUACAUACUUCAUACCAAAUGGCGAGUAUGUACUUCUCGGAGGGUGUAAACAGAAGGGGAAUUAUAGUCUCGGGUUUGACCAUCGAGACAGAGCGGGAAUCCUUGAAAGGUGUCAUACACUUUGGCCAUCCUUACAGGGAGCCAAGGUCGUGGACGAAUGGGUGGGUCUUAGGCCGACCCGAUACCCAGUCAGGCUGGAGAGGGAAACCCUGAAACUGCCGCAGGGAGAAAUGAAGAUUAUUCAUAAUUACGGUCACGGGGGCAGCGGGGUUACAUUGAGCUGGGGUACGGCUGUGGAGGCGGCACAACUCGUCAACGAGGCCAUAGUGGACUCACUUAUGGCCAAAAUGUAGAGAGAGAAAAUACAGUAAUAAAUGAUUUAAACAAUUUAAUUACAUGUAUUAUUAUUAGGAUUUAGAAUUUUAAAAAAAUCACAAAACAAUAUUAAGAAAUACCUUGCAUGUAAAUAUAUAACGAACUUCCAAACUGAUGUUGAAAUGGCAAAUUCUUAUAGUUAUAUCAAGAAUAAACAAUCUGCUGAUUAUAUUGUGUGUAAUAAUUUCAGUAAUUAGGCAUUGAAGAACAUUAUAAAUAUUUGAACUUCUAACCUCUAUAGUCAGGGAACACACUAAUUAUAAUGUGAUCUUCUUACCUCUAUAACCAGGGUACACUAAACAAAAUGUGACCUUCUUACCUCUAUAACCAGGGUACACACUUAUUAAAAUGUGACCUUCUUACCUCUAUAGCCAGGGUACACACUAAUUAAAAUGUGACCUUCUUACCUCUAUAGUCAGGGAACACACUUAUUAAAAUGUGAUCUUCUUACCUCUAUAACCAGGGUACACACUAAUUUAAAUGUGACCUUCUUACCUCUAUAGCCAGGGUACACACUAAGUAAAAUGUGAUCUUCUUACCUCUAUAGCCAGGGUACACACUAAUUAAAAUGUGAUCUUCCUACCUCUAUAGCCAGGGUCCGGUACACACUAAUUAAAAUGUGACCUUCUUACCUCUAUAGCCAGGUUACACACUAAUUAAAAUGUGAUCUUCCUACCUCUAUAGCCAGGGUACACACUAAUUAAAAUGUGAUCUACCUACCUCUAUAGCCAGGUUACACACUAAUUAAAAUGUGAUCUUCCUACCUCUAUAGCCAGGGUACACACUAAUUAAAAUGUGAUCUACCUACCUCUAUAGCCAGGUUACACACUAAUUAAAAUGUGAUCUUCCUACCUCUAUAGCCAGGGUACACACUAAUUAAAAUGUGAUCUACCUACCUCUAUAGCCAGGUUACACACUAAUUAAAAUGUGAUCUUCCUACCUCUAUAGCCAGGGUACACACUAAUUAAAAUGUGAUCUACCUACCUCUAUAGCCAGGUUACACACUAAUUAAAAUGUGAUCUUCCUACCUCUAUAGCCAGGGUACACACUAAUUAAAAUGUGAUCUUCCUACCUCUAUAGCCAGGUUACACACUAAUUAAAAUGUGACCUUCUUACCUCUAUAGUCAGGGUACACACUAAUUAAAAUGUGAUCUUCGCAUCGCAUCUGAUCAAUAUUUCGCGCGGAAGCAAUAAGCGGAUGCGAUACGGAGAUCUAAUUUUGACUAGACUGUCAACUGUACUUAAACUUUUUUUUCUACUUUUAGACCAUAUGUCUCUUUUUGUCUGUCCAUUUUUCUUCCCUUUCCUCCGGCCAUGCUGCUCCUUUUUUCUCUCGUGUUUCGUUUUCAUUCGGCUCUCUCUUUCAAACAAAAUUACACUUGAUGGACCACCCUCGAGAACAGUAAUAUGUAAAAGCGUGAACAGGGUGUCUAAGUGUUUUCUUUAUACUACGUUUUUAUUGAAAUAUAAAAAAUACUCUGAAAAUAAACAUACGUAAAAACGUU